AUGAGAAAUAGGCCAAGAUGUUGCUGUGAUGAAGUACUUGAAAUCAAGAAAGGACCUUGGACUCCUGAAGAAGACCAUCUUUUAGCAUCUUAUAUAAAACAACACGGACCAGCGAAUUGGAGAUCAGUACCAACUAAUGCAGGUUUGCUAAGAUGCAGCAAAAGUUGCAGGUUGAGAUGGACUAAUUACUUAAGACCGGAAAUCAAAAGAGGAAACUUCACUGAACUCGAAGAAAAGAUGAUUAUAAGUCUUCAAAGUUUAUGGGGCAACAAAUGGGCGGCAAUGGCUUCACAUCUUCCACAAAGAACAGAUAAUGAUAUAAAGAAUUAUUGGAAUACACAUCUAAAGAAAAAACUGAUGAAGAAGUUUCAGUCGCAUCAUUCGGGAUCAUCUUCACCUAACUUUCAAUUUCUUAACAAAGAUUAUAGUAGUAAUAGUUUUAAUAGAACAAGAAACUUAGAAUGCGAUCAUCAUCUGAAUAUCCAUCAAACUUCGGCCUUAAAUAAGUUCAUUAAUAGUAUUACUAGUAGUAGUACUAGUACUCCCUCAUCUACUACUUAUGCUUCAAGCACAGGAAACAUCUCAAGACUCUUGGAAGGUUGGGUGAAAACUUCUCCUAACAAGUUGAGUAGUAGUAAACUCGAAUUAAAGACUAACCAAUCAGAAGGCAAAGUAGUACCCAGCGGCAGCAACAACUCCGAUAACAACAACCACAACACUAGCGACAAUAACCUUGAUGAUGAUGAGAUAUUCAUUAAGAAAGUUGAAGAACAAGAAACCCGCUAUGACGAUGAUGCUCAUCUCUCAAAUGAGGCAGAUUACUUUGAAUCUCUUUUAACAUUUGAGAAUACAAGUAAUGUGGCUUGUUGGGAGCAGAAAUCUUCUCCACAGUCAACUAAGAUUCAUGGGACAACAUCGGCAUCACCAGAGGAAGCUCAAACAACUACUACUACAACAACAACUACCACAAUCGAAGACAUGGUUGAUUCGAUCUUGGCGAGUGAUCACCAAAGGUUGAUCGAAGAUGAUCAAAACGAACCUCCAUUUUCUGUACUAGAGAAGUGGCUCCUGGAUGAAGCAACUCAACAGGUUCUUGAGGAAGAUCAUAUGGAGGAAUGUUCGAAUUGAUUAUCAUGUGGCGCGAUGUAGCUA